GAGAACGCUGCCCAAAAACCAAAACCGAAAACAGCAAACUCUCCGGCCCCCUGGUUUUUGACAUCACGGUCUCAGACCAUCGCCUUGAAUUUGCCUCUACAAAACGUCAUGUCUCCCACAAUUUCGAACACGCCUUCUCCUUUCUUCUCCUCAUAAAUAGCAUCUCAUCCAAUCCCAUCAAAGUAUCCAUACGCCUUUCAACUUGGCCUCCGCUCUCCUUUUCUGGUUUGAUCUCUGAAACUCACACAACAAAGGCAGGUCUUCGCUUUGAGAUUUCAUUAUGUCUAACCCUAAGUUAACUCGAAUCCCAAGCAUGAGGGAGAGGGUGGAGGACACUCUCUCUGCUCACCGUAACGAACUCGUUUCCCUUCUCUCCAGGUACGUGGCUCAGGGUAAAGGGAUUCUGCAACCGCAUACCCUGAUAGAUGAGCUUGACAAUUGCAUCGGUGACGAUGAAUCCAGGCUACACCUCCGGGAUGGUCCUUUUAGUGAGAUCCUCAAAUCUGCACAGGAAGCCAUAGUUCUGCCUCCAUUUGUGGCCAUAGCAAUUCGCCCAAGACCUGGUGUUUGGGAAUAUGUUCGUGUUAACGUCCAUGAACUCAGUGUGGAGCAACUGAGCGUGUCUGAAUAUCUUCACUUCAAAGAAGAUCUUGUAGACCAGCCCAGUGACAAGUUUGUACUAGAGCUCGACUUUGAGCCGUUCAAUGCAAAUUUUCCUCGCCCCAGCCGGUCUUCAUCCAUUGGCAAUGGUGUUCAGUUCCUCAACCGUCACCUUUCUUCAAUUAUGUUUCGUAACAAAGAGUCGUUGGAGCCAUUACUUGAUUUCCUCCGAGCAUACAAAUAUAAAGGAAGUGCGUUGAUGUUAAAUGAUCGGAUACAGAGCAUAUCACGACUUCAGUCUGCAUUGGCCAAAGCUGAGGAAUAUAUUUCUAAGCUUCCGUCUGAUACUCCCUAUUCUGAUUUUGAAUAUGCAUUACAAGGGAUGGGUUUUGAAAGAGGUUGGGGUGAUAAAGCAGAACGAGUAUUGGAGAUGAUGCAUCUUCUCUUGGACAUCCUUCAGGCCCCUGACCCAUCUACAUUAGAGACAUUCCUUGGGAGAAUACCCAUGGUGUUUAACGUUGUCAUUUUAUCUCCACAUGGUUACUUUGGGCAAGCAAAUGUUCUCGGUUUACCGGACACUGGUGGCCAGGUUGUGUACAUACUGGACCAAGUUCGUGCACUGGAGAAAGAAAUGCUUCUUAGAAUACGUAAGCAGGGCCUGGAUAUCACUCCUAGGAUUCUUAUUGUGACGAGGUUAAUACCUGAUUCAAAAGGAACAACAUGCAAUCAGCGGCUGGAAAGAGUCAGUGGAACUGAACAUGCACAUAUUUUGCGAGUUCCUUUUAGGUCAGAGAAAGGAGUUCUUCGUAAAUGGAUCUCAAGAUUUGAUGUGUGGCCCUACCUGGAGACCUUUGCAGAGGAUGCAGCAAGUGAACUUGUUGCUGAGCUACAGGUCAUACCAGAUUUUAUUAUAGGAAACUACAGUGAUGGAAACCUUGUUGCAUCUUUACUAGCUUAUAAAAUGGGAGUCACACAGUGCACAAUUGCGCAUGCGCUGGAGAAAACAAAAUAUCCAGAUUCUGAUAUUUAUUGGAAAAACUUCGAGGAUAAGUACCAUUUCUCAUGUCAGUUCACUGCCGAUCUUAUAGCCAUGAACAAUGCUGAUUUUAUCAUCACCAGUACAUACCAGGAGAUUGCAGGAACGAAAAAUACCGUUGGCCAGUACGAGAGCCACACAGCUUUCACUCUUCCAGGGCUGUACAGAGUUGUUCAUGGCAUUAAUGUUUUUGAUCCAAAGUUCAAUAUUGUCUCUCCUGGGGCAGAUAUGGGUAUCUAUUUCCCAUAUUCUGACAAGGAAAAAAGACUUACAGCACUACAUGGUUCCAUUGAAGAAUUGUUGUAUGAUCCUGAGCAGAAUGACGAGCACAUUGGUUUGUUGAAUGAUCGAUCGAAGCCCAUAAUUUUUACCAUGGCAAGGCUGGACCGUGUGAAAAAUGUUACCGGGUUGGUUGAACUGUAUGGUAAGAGCACCAAACUGAGGGAACUGGUAAAUCUUGUUGUGGUUGGUGGCUACCAUGACUCAAAUAAGUCCAAAGACAGAGAAGAAAUUGCAGAAAUUGAGAAGAUGCAUGCUCUUAUAAAGAAAUAUAACUUAGAAGGUCAAUGUCGAUGGAUAUCAGCCCAAAUGAAUCGAGCACGCAAUGGUGAGCUAUAUCGCUACAUAGCAGACACAAAAGGUGCUUUUGUUCAGCCUGCUUUUUAUGAAGCAUUUGGACUUACAGUUGUAGAGGCAAUGACUUGUGGCCUUCCAACAUUUGCCACUUGCCAUGGUGGUCCUGCUGAGAUUAUUGAGCAUGGUGUAUCAGGGUUUAAUAUUGAUCCAUAUCAUCCUGACCAAGCUGCAGCUCUUAUGGCGGAUUUCUUUCAGCGAUCCAAGGAGGAUCCAAGUCACUGGCAUAAAAUUUCUGAUGGGGGACUUCAAAGAAUUUAUGAAAGGUAUACGUGGGACAUUUAUUCCGAAAGGCUAAUGACAUUAGCUGGAGUUUAUAGUUUCUGGAAGCAUGUUUCAAAACUAGAGCGGCGUGAGAAUCGACGAUACCUCGAGAUGUUCUACAUUCUCAAGUUCCGUGGUUUGGCAAAAUCUGUCCCUAGGGUGAGCGAUGACCCACGCUAAAGAACGAGUCAAGCUGUUCAUGAAGUCGUAACGUUACACGUACGCAUUGAAUAAAGUUCUCUUCGUGUGUUGAAUAAUUUGUAAAUUCAUCAACCUGUUUGGGUGCAUGUGUAACAGCACAUGUAUUAAACUCUGAAGCGUUUUUCUAUGUGAAACUUGGCAUUUCUUU